AAAUACUAUUAUUUGCGUGGAUGAUGUCUGAGGUUGUUGAGUCAGUUGGUAAACUGUGUCCAAUUUGUCAUGAUGAUAUUGACUACUUUGCAUACGGAUCAUGUAAUCAUCCUACAUGUACAAAGUGUGUGCUGAAAUUGCGAAAGUUCGGAAGCGCUGAUGAGCCCGAAUUUUCACAAUGUCCCACUUGUCGGCAGAAUAUUAACAGAGUUGCGAUAAUGAGGAAUUUCGUUCCCUUCGACAAUAUUGACGUGUCCUUACUUCGACAUGACUCAAAGUUUGAUUUUAUGUUUCCUGAUGUGGAGAUUGAACAGCACUACCUAAACAUGCUUAAAUCAGUCUGCCCUAUUUGUGGUGAAGAAAAAAAGUCUCUCUCUGCCUUAAAUAGACACACUACUUUGGAGCAUCAGCUUUCUUAUUGUGAUCUCUGUAUUCGAUAUGCCAGGGUAUUUUCAUACGUAAUUCACUAACCGGUUUAGCUUUUGCCAUGUGAAUUCAUACUUAUGAAACCAGCUGACCUUACAAAACAUCGUUCAUGGGAUAAAAACAAGAAGAAAGGCCAUCCUUUGUGUGAUUUCUGUAAAGAACGAUUUUAUGAAAUGGAAGACUUAAUAACCCAUAUUCGUGAUCUUCACUUUUUAUGUGAUCUCUGCAUGACUACAGGAAAGUUUGUGGUUUUCAGACAGCAGUGUGAAUUAUUAGACCAUUACGGUGAAUCUCAUCAUCUAUGUUCCGAGUGUCGAGCUCAACAACGUAUCUCAUGUUUUGCAACCGAGGAUCGUUUAGGCUUGCAUCGUUUUCAAGAACAUCCAAAUGAAGUGGCCAAUGAUCCCAACUCCUGGCUUCCGAUUUCUAUACGACACGUAACAUCUACUGAUUCUGCUUUCAGGAGACGUGACCAAAUAUUUCCUGAUGUAUAUAGUGUGGAUGGCGUUGUUGAUGCAUCUGAUGGUAGACUUACUUCACAAGACAAUCCUAGUGUAACAUACCGACGACCUAAUCCCUCCGAAUGGACCGGUGAAGAUUUCCCUUCACUUCAGUCGACCAGACCAAUGACCACAAGUUCUCACUUAGCAACAAAUGAGUCUAGGAGUCCUCAAACACCCAUACAAAGACUUAGGGAGUCAACCACUACUUUGACAGAACGCGAGAUAAACGACACAAAUAAUUCCGUACAAAAUAAACGACCAAUAAUGGGUGGAAGUUGGGUUUCUCGUGUUGCUAAUGUCAAUUUUACUAAUAAAGAUCGUCUUACAUCUGAAGAUUUUCCUAGUUUAACACAAUCAACAAAUCCUUCCACUGGCAAUCCUCCCACGUGGGUUAGAGGUAAUGCUUCCCAACUCAUACAAAAUCCUCAGACUGAUACAUCCAAUCAUUUUAGCUUCCCAACUCUUGGAUCAAAUAAUCAUGCUUCUGCUAGUAGUAGUAGUCCUUCGUCAGGAUGGCCAAAAACAAGCCGUAAUACAUCUUCGGAAGAACAACCUAAAUCCACAUUUCCUCAAUCAGUUUCUCUGCAGACGCCUACAUCUUCCGAUUUUCCGUCCCUUCCAACAAAUUCCAAUCCUAGUCAUUCAAAUCGCACCAUCAAUUUAACUUCAAAGUCAGUUUUAGAAAAUAAAUCCAAGGUGUUUAAAACACCAGCGGAUGAUGCAAUAAAGAAGAAAACUGAACCAUUAACAGCCACAACCGGAUUAAAAAAUACGAAGAAACCAAAACCCAGAAACAACUCAAGAACAAUAAACAAUGAUUUGGAUGAGCAUGGUGGUAUGACUUUAAGGGAUGAUAGCGAGAAGUAUGCUGAUGAUCAGUCACCAUUGGAAAAACCUCAGUUCAGUCAUAUCCAAACAGUAGAUGUUCUUAAUAUUAAUCAACAAUCAUCUAGUCAAAUAAAUCUAAUUAAACAUGAACCAUUAUCACUUACAAAUGAUUUUCCAUGUCUAUCUGAAAAUAAAACUAAUCCCAAUGAUACUAAACAGAAAAAAUUACAAAAUCGACAAACAAAAAAGAUAAUCAUUGAUACUAUUGUUCAUCAAUCUGAACAACAACACUCUUCUCAUACAACCAGUAGUGUUGUGAAUAACACUUUAAAACCUGAAAUUAAUUCAUUAAUCAAACUUAUAAAAUCUAUUCAAUUUAAUGAUAACAUGGAUAUUGAAUGCUUAUUAUAUGCUAAAUCUCAAUAUGUAGCUCCACCGGAUAUGGAAACACGUAAUCGUGAAUUAAUUCAAACAGUGGAAAAUGAUUUAUUUGAUAAAAGUGGCAAGACAGCUUUUAUUCGAUUUGCUGAUUUAUCACGUCGUUAUCGUUAUAAACAAAUCAAUGCUACAGCUUACUUGGAAGGCUUAAUUGGUCUUCUAAAUGUCAAUACUGUGAAUCAGAAUGAUGACGACAAUAUUCCAUACUGGAUAGGUCCGAUGAUUUCCUUAUUGCCUGAUAUAGGGCUUCAACGUGCCUUACUUCGUGCUCUGCAAGCACAAGGAUCUCCACGUAUUCCAGUUGAUAUGCAAGAAGCUUUGUUAAAAAGUGGUCAUCAAUUUAAGCGCAACAAAAUCCCCAUAUUAGCUCUUCCUCCAUGGUCAAAGAAAGUCCUAAAAACAAUGCAAACAUGCCAGGAAUGUGGUCAAGUUUGUCUACGAAGUGAUCUACCGACUCAUAUGGAAUUGGCUCAUUCUGUGUAGUAUGAAAAAAAAAGAUAAUCCAAGCAGGAAAAAAACUUGUCAUAAACUUACCGAUCACUCGUUUAGUAUUCUUUUUACAAACAAAUACACAUCAACAAUACAGUCUUUCGUGUUUCGGAUCAUAUCUAAUAUGAAUUAUUUUCAUAAAUUAUUUUGUUUGUUUCAUGGUUUAUUUUUACACCUAUUUGUCCACUCUCAUAUGUGAGUUAUUACUCCUCGUAUGUUCACAGUCAUCUGAAUGGUGUUGGUAACAAUCUUUGAUUAGUCUUAGAUAUGUCUGUAUGUUUGUUUGUAUGUGUAUUUAUAUGAGUUUAUACUUUUAUGUUCAUCCAAUUGUUUUACUGUGUAUAAUAAGUACGGUGAUUAGUAGAUUUAGGAGUUUGAAAAGUGAGUUAGUAUGUUUGAGUUACUUAGCUUGAAAUUGAUUUGCAAAAAUUCUUUUCUUUUCUAUUUUAAAACCCUCUAUUGUUUAAUUUUUGAACAAAUCUAUUUCUUCUUGUUCCUUUGACUAUUCAACUUAUUCUUUAGUAAUUUAGUACUGUUUAUAUUGUUAAAAUAACCGGGUAAAAAGCUGAUCAUCAUAUACGAUAUAAAUAUAUACAUGUUGUUUUUCA